UGCGAAGUGCCGCUGGAAGGACGGGGUGACGUGUUGUUACUGAAUCAUCUGGAAAUUUAGCCGAGUCAAAUUUGUUGUACUUCGUUCAAUACAGCAACAUGAUUACAGUUUUAAUCUUAUUGACGAAACUGUACGAAUUUGUGUACACGAAAUAUUUUAGGCAAUACUUUGGAAGUAUGCUUGAUUAUAGCAAACCGCCAGAUAGGCACAAGGUUGAUGUCGAGAGUGAAGAUGAAAUGGAAGAGUUAUGUAAUGCCAUGUUCAAACCAGGAGAUUCUAGUGAUGAUGAAAUAGACGAAGAGACUGACGAUCGAGAUUUUUUCAUGACUUUGGGAUGUUACGCUUCAAUAUCGAGAAGACAGGAACGUAAAAGAUUAUUUGCGAGAAGAUUUGAGGGUGUGGAAGGAUAAUUUCGUGUUUUCUCCGUUGUGAACUCGGUUGCAUUGUUAUUGUUUCAUCUUUGUUGCUUCGAACUUUAAAUUUUAUGCUUUAUAAGCAAUGUUCUUUCAAAUAAUUCUGUUGCCUUUUCGUUGAAAUUAUUUGUUUUACUUUUGUUUGUACUACUUAUGUGUUGUGAUUAUGCGCAAUAACACGAUAGGGUGAGACUUUGAACAAUACAUUUAUUGUCCGUUCGGGAUCGGUUACACUGUUAACGGUGGGACGACGGUCCAACUACACUCUGGUCGCCUGAGUACUAACUCUCCUCGCUGUUGAGGGCGACCUCGUCGUCACAUAAUGCGAGGGAUGCCAUCACAUUAUGUGAAUGUCGUAAAGGAAAAUAUUUGAUAAGGUGUGCAUUGUCAUGAAACAUUAUAUUUUGUUGAAAAUUUCAAUUGGAAGGUUUAUAAAAUA